CGCUUGCUUCCGGUUUUGGACUCGCGGGCUCCGGGGCAGUACUGGUCUGAGGACUCAGAUCUCGGGACUGGAUGUGCAAGCAGGAAUCCCUUUGCAGCUUCUUCUUGGAGUCUUAAUGGUAAUCAUAACGACCCACAAAUAUUUCAGGACAUGAAGUAAAUAAUGAACGACUGUUCUGUUGGAUCGACGUUUCUGACCGACAGUUUAGAGCUGGAGCUGAAGACAGAAUGGUGCAAGCCCCCGUGCUUUUCUUGUGCUUUUGACAACAGAGGAGGCAAAAAAUUUUCUGGAGAGUCCUACCUUGCCAGUGGCGCUCUUAAGCGGUUAGUUUUGAAUCUUGAUCCUUUACCAACUAAUUUUGAAGAGGAUACAGUAGAAAUAUUUGGCAUUGAAUGGGUUACUGAAACAGCAUUAGUGAAUUCAUCUAGAGAGCUUUUUCAUUUAUUCAGGCAACAGCUAUAUAAUUUGGAGUCCUUGUUACAAGUCAGCUGUGAUUUUGGGAAGAUAUCAACCCUACACUGCAAAGCAAACAGUAUUAGGCAGCAAUGUGUAGUGUUUCUCCAUUAUAUUAAGGUCUUCGUCUUCAGAUGCCUGAAAAUACAAGAUGCCGAGAGUCACAUUGCUGUCCAUCCCUACGAGACUUUGGAGGCUCAGCUUCCCUCAGUGCUGGUUGAUGAACUUCAUGGCUUACUUUUGUAUAUUGGACGUCUACAUGAAUUUUCCAGUAUUAACCUGGGAGCAUUUGUAAACCAAAAUCAGAAUAAGCUUUUCCCACCGUCAUGGCAUUUACUACAUCUUCAUUUAGAUAUCCAUUGGCUGGUACUAGAAAUUCUUCACAUGCUGGGUGAAAAAUUGAAACAAGCUGUAUAUGGUCAUCAGUUUAUUGGUCUGACAGGUGACAAUUUAACAAAUGUCAGCCUAUUUGAAGAACAUUGUGAAAAUCUUUUAUGUGAUUUAUUAAGCCUGUCACUCAAGAGGUAUGACAAGGUUAGACCUUCUGAACCAUUACUGAGUGAUCAUUGUUCUUGUUCAUGCAUGAAAGAAUUAUGGGUUCUACUUACACAUAUUCUAGGCCACCGACAUAAAUGGUCUCUCUCAGAAUCAUUUUGGAACUGGAUGAAUAAAAUACUUAAAACACUUUUUGAAACAUCAAGUGAACAAAGAUCUAUACCUGCAAUCAAGUCCAGAGAUCCAUUAGGUUUUAGUUGGUGGAUUAUCACUCAUGUGGCAUCAUUGUAUCAGUUUGAUCGGCAUGGAGUACCAGAUGAAAUGGAAGGUGUACUAGAGGAGCAAUUACGAAUGUAUCUUCACUGUUGUUUGAUACUUUGUGAGUUUUGGGAACCAAAUAUUACAAUUGUCAACAUUCUUUGGGAAUAUUACAGUAAAAACUUGAAUAGUUCCUUCACUGUUUCUUGGCUUCCUUUGAAAGGUCUUGUUAAUAUCAAGUCUCCUUUGUCUAUGCUUGAAAUGGUGAAGACUUGCUGUUAUGAUAAACAAGAUCAUGAUCUGUCUAAAUCAUACAGUAGUUUUACCAUUUUUCUUUGCAUUUUGGCAAAGAUUGUUAAGAAAGCCAUGAAGACCAAUGGACCUCAUCCUUGGAAACAAGUCAAAGGAAGGAUAUAUUCUAAAUUCCAUCAAAAAAGAAUGGAAGAACUAACUGAAGUUGGACUACAGAACUUUUUCAGUCUUUUUCUACUGCUAGCAGCUGUUGCAGAGGUAGAAGAUGUGGCAAGUCAUGUUUUAAACCUUCUGAAUUUUCUGAAGCCAGCUUUUAGAACAUCUCAGAGAGCCCUCAUUUGGAAAGGCCAGAUGGCGUUCCUCUUGAUGUAUGCCCAGAAAAAUCUGGAUAUUGGUGUUUUGGCUGAGAAAUUGUCAUAUGAGUUCCAAGAGAAAGCAAAGGAAUUCUUGGUAUCUAAGAAAGAAGAAAUGGUACAGAGACAUACUCUUUGGACACUUCUCUCCAUCUACAUUGAUGGUGUUCAAGAAGUGUUCGAGACCAGCUGCUGCUUGUAUCCUUCCCAUGAGAAACUGCUUAAUGAUGGGUUCAGUAUGCUUCUCCGAGCCUGUCGAGAAUCUGAACUUAGGGCAGUGCUGAGCUUUCUGCAAGCUAUUCUGGCCAGAAUCAGGAGCUUUCAUCAACAAUUGUGUCAGGAGCUUCAAAAGGAGAAUGUAGACCUAGUUGUGCAGUCUUCAUUACUGGCUAAAGAGCGCCACCUUGCUGCAAUUGCCAGCGCACUAUGGAGACACUUCUUUGCAUUUUUGAAGAGUCAGAGGAUGGCAGAGAUUGUGCCUCUCUCACAACUUGCAGAUGCAGCUGCAGAUUUUACCUUGCUAGCAGUGGACAUGCCAAGCACAGCCCCGUCAGAGCUUCAGCCUCAGCCAGUUAUGUCAAUUAUUCAGAUGUUUGGGUGGGAUGAUAUCAUCUGGCCCCAAGUUGUAGCAAGAUAUUUAAGUCAUUUACUACAAAAUAGCACAUUAUGUGAAGCACUUUCUCAUUCAGGCAAUGUAUCUUUUCAAUCUUCAACUAUAAGAUCGUGGAUCCGCUGUGUUUUGCAAAUGUAUGUUAAAAACCUCUCUGCUCCUGAUGAUUUGUUCAUUGAUAUGAAUCCUGAACAGGCAGUUGAAAAAGACUACAUGGAACAGUUGGCUGAACUGACAAGGUUAAUAUUUAAACUCUCAGAAGUAAAGACUGUUUUCUCAAAGGCUCAAGUCAAAUGUUUACCAACCCCAGAAGAUCCUAAAAAAGCACUUGUUCAGUUCCUUGAGGCUGUUGGUUUAACUUACGGGAAUCUUCAGACACUUUCUGAUAAAUCUGCCAUGGUCACAAAGUCCUUAGAAUACCUUGGUGAAGUAUUAAAAUACAUAAAACCUUACCUGGGAAAAAGAAUCUUCAGUGCAGGGCUGCAGCUGACUUAUGGGAUGAUGGGAAUUCUUGUUAAAUCGUGGGCACAAAUCUUUGCCACCUCUAAAGCCCAAAAGUUGCUGUUUCGAAUCAUAGAUUGUUUACUGCUGCCACAUACAGUAUUACAGCAAGAGAAGGCAUUACCUGCAGCUAUGUUGACUGCAAUUCAGAAGAGCCUACCUUUAUAUCUCCAGGGCAUGUGUAUUGUGUGCUCUCAGUCUCAAAAUGCAAAUGCCUACUUGAAUCAAUUGCUAGGGAAUGUUAUUGAGCAGUAUAUUGGGCGAUUUCUUCCAACUUCGCCAUAUGUUGCAGGUCUUGAACAACAUCCUGUUUUGUUGGCACUGAGAAAUUCAUCCACUGUUCCAUGGAUGUCAUCUCUGAAGAAAUGCAUCAUACAGGUUAUAAGGAAAUCCUACUUAGACUAUAAAGGGUCUGCACCCAUUCCUCGGUUGGCAGCCAUUUUGGCCUUCAUCCUCCAACUCUUCAAAGAAACUAAUGUAGAUUUUUGUGAGAUUGAACUGCUCCUGCCUGGCAUCUUAAAAUGUUUGGUGCUGAUCAGUGAACCCCAAGUUAAAAGGCUGGCCACAGAAAACUUGCAGCACAUGGUAAAAGCCUGCCAAGUGGGGUCAGAAGGAGAACCUGCCACCCAGCUGACUUCUGUGUUUAGGCAGUUUAUCCAAGAGUAUGGAAUAAGAUACAGUCAUCAAGUUUAUGGCAUUUUAGAGAUAGUGGCCACACUGAACCAGCAGGUUGUCGUCCACUUGAUAUCUACCCUCACUCAGUCUCUGAAGGAUUCGGAGCUGAAGUGGGGUAUUGGCAAGAAUACUGAACAAAGGGAGACCUAUAGAAAACUUCUAUCUCACCUGGGACAGGUGGGACAACUUGAAAUGCAGAAACUGGAAAAUGACAAUACGUAAUAUAUCUUAUGAUUUAUCCUGUCUAUUGAAUAUUGCUGACUAAAGCCACUUUGUACCACUCUAGCUACUACUUUAAUUAAUUGUAUUAUCAUUAUUAUUUUUAAUUCAAAGUCAGUUUUAUGUUCUGGCAUCUUUUUGCUUCAUGUAUAAUUUAAAAUGCAGUCAUAUGGUGUGGUAGGCUUAACACAGUGAGGGCAUAAUGAAAGACAAGUAGUACUUUACAUGACUUCUGUCAAAAUUCUAGUAGAUCCGUACUUCGACAAUGUAUUUACUCUAUUGCUUAACAAAUUGAUCCCAGUCACCACUUCAUCUACCUCAUGGGAAGUCAAGCUGGCCCACUAGG